AUGGAUGCUGUCAGUGGCAGAAGUUCCUCAUCCAGCGAGAGCAGCCAAGGGUGGAAGAUACAGCCAAGAGACUUCCAGAGAAAUUACUCGCCUACACGAAAGGGAGGGGUGGUGUACCUGCUGUAUGAAAUCAGAUGGAAAAGAGGUUCCAUCUGGAGGAACUGGUGCUCGAACAACCCUGAACAACAUGCUGAAAUCAACUUCUUGGAAAAUCAUUUCAAUCACAGGCCACAAACUCCUUGCUCCAUCACCUGGUUCCUUUCAACUAGUCCCUGUGGAAACUGCUCCGAAAGGAUUCUGGAAUUCCUGAGGUCACACCCUAAUGUGACCUUGAAAAUAUAUGCAGCCAAACUGUUCAGGCACCACAAUCCCCACAACCGGCAGGGUCUCCACAGCCUGAUAAUGAAUGGAGUCGCUGUGCAUAUCAUGAAUCUUGAAGAUUACAGUUACUGCUGGAACAAUUUUGUUGCAUACCAACCUGGAGAAGAUCCUAAUCUGCCAGACAACAUCAGUGUAUACUUCUUUCUGAAUUGCACAGAACUCUUUCAUAUCUUUUUGGGGCUUCCUCCACUUCUGUCGAACUGA